AUGAUCCUCACUGGCCUUCUCCUAUACUGCCGCUCCAUGAUCUCCAUGCUCUUCCUUGGCCACCUUGGAGAGCUUGCUUUGGCUGGUGGCUCACUAGCGGUUGGCUUUGCCAACAUCACUGGCUACUCAAUCCUCUCUGGUCUUGCUGUAGGAAUGGAACCAAUCUGUGGCCAAGCUUUCGGUGCCAAGAGGUUCAAGCUCCUUGGACUUUGCUUGCAAAGAACCAUUCUCCUUCUCCUCUUCACUUCCCUCCCCAUAUCACUCCUUUGGCUCCACAUGAAGAAAAUUCUUCUCCUUUGUGGCCAAGAUGAGGCCAUAGCCACACAGGCCCAAUCAUAUCUUGUUUACUCCAUUCCUGACCUCAUAGCACAAUCAUUCUUACAUCCUUUGAGAAUUUACCUUAGGACCCAAUCCAUUACUCUCCCUCUCACCCUUUGUGCCUCCUUGUCAAUUCUCCUUCACAUACCCAUCAACUACUUCCUUGUGGCUCACCUCAAGCUGGGAAUCAAAGGGGUGGCUCUUGGUGGGGUGUGGACAAACUUCAACCUUGUGGCUUCUUUGAUUCUUUAUAUAGUCUUCUCUGGCACUCAUAAGAAAACAUGGGGUGGUUUCUCUUUUGAGUGCUUCACACAGUGGAAGUCUCUUCUCAAUUUGGCCAUUCCAAGCUGUGUUUCAGUGUGCUUGGAGUGGUGGUGGUAUGAGAUCAUGAUUUUGUUAUGUGGGCUGUUGGUGAACCCCAGGGCAACUGUGGCUUCAAUGGGGCUUCUGAUCCAAACCACUUCUUUGCUUUACAUUUUCCCUUCUUCAUUGAGCUUCAGUGUGUCAACAAGAGUUGGCAACAAGCUUGGGGCACAGAAGCCUGCAAAGGCAAGGCUUUCUGCCAUUGUGGGGUUGUCUUGCAGUUUCAUGUCAGGUGUCCUGGCAUUGGUUUUUGCUCUCAUGGUCAGGAACACAUGGGCUACCAUGUUCACAAAGGACAAAGAGAUUAUAAGUUUGACAUCUAUGGUGUUACCCAUAAUCGGCCUUUGUGAGCUUGGGAAUUGCCCUCAAACAACAGGGUGUGGGGUGCUGAGAGGCACAGCAAGGCCUAAAGUUGGGGCUAACAUCAACUUGGGAUGUUUCUACCUUGUGGGAAUGCCUGUGUCGAUUUGGCUAGCUUUCUUCACUGGCUAUGAUUUUCAAGGUCUCUGGCUUGGCCUUCUUGCAGCUCAAGGGUCUUGUGCAGUGACCAUGUUGGUGGUUCUGUGCAGAACUGAUUGGGAAUUUGAGGCCCAAAGAGCCAAGAAACUCACAGGAAUGGGAGGAGCUUCUAGUGUUGACGAUCACAACCAUGAGGUUGAUCCAGAGAAGCCACUCAAACUUGAAAACAAGGAAGAUUCUUUGGCAUUAUUAGCCGACUCUGAUGAAAAUGAACAGUGA